AUGGGCCCCUGUACCGCCUCCUCAUGCUGCUGCCAGGCCCGUAAUCUGUCAUGGGCCCCUGUACCGCCUCCUCAUGCUGCUGCCAGGUCCAGAGUGUGUCAUGGGUCCCUGUACGGCCUCCCAUUGCUGCUGUCUCCAUGGCCACACUCUGCCAUGUGCCACUUUCAGGUCUCCUCACACUGCUGGUGGGUUCCAUUUUGUCAUAGGGUGCUGUAUGGCCUCCCAUUGCUGCUGCCAGGCCCGUAAUCUGCCAUGGGCGCCCCGUACCGACUCCUCAUGCUGCUGCCAGGCCCGUAAUCUGUCAUGGGCCCCUGUACCGCCUCCUCAUGCUGCUGCCAGGUCCAGAGUGUGUCAUGGGUGCCUGUACGGCCUCCCAUUGCUGCUGUCUCCAUGGCCACACUCUGCCAUGUGCCACUUUCAGGUCUCCUCACACUGCUGGUGGGUUCCAUUUUGUCAUAGGGUGCUG